GACCAGCGCUAGCUGUCCAAGCUCCAGCUUUUGUUCCAGAGCCGGUAAGCGACGCUAGGGAAAGCGAUGAGGCGCCCAGCUUCUUGGAGAGCAUCUUGUGGAUGGGGGCGCCAAAGAAAAGACGCACCAUCGAAGUGAACCGCUGCAGGCGAAGAAAUCCCAAUAAGCUUAUAAAAGUAAAGAGGAACAUAGAUGUUUGCCCUGAGUGUGGAAACUUGAAACAGAAGCAUGUCCUUUGUGGCUAUUGUUAUGCAAAGGUCAAAGCAGAAACUCGACUGAUACGGAUGGAAAUAGGUAAAAAGGAAGGAGGACCAUUUAAUACUCCUACUGUAGAGACUGUUGUCCUUUAUGAUGGAGAAAAGCCCACAGAAAAAGAUGAAGGCAAGCGGAUCAUUGAAAGAGCCAGGAAGCGUCCGUCUUGGUUUCUUCAAAAUUGA